CAUGCCCAUCAGCAAACUAAUCACAUCCACAUCGAACUAUCACCGAUCGAAAGGAAACAGCGUCAGCUCCAUGGCUUCUUCCUCCUCCUUCUCAGCAGCUCGCCUCCUGCUCGUCGCGGCAGCGCUGGUGCUGCUGCAACUGGCGUCCUCCGACUCCGAGGCAGCGCCACCAUUACCCAGCGGCCUAUCCUUCGACUUCUACAAAUCCAGCUGCCCGCAAGCCGAGUCCAUCGUGUCCAGCUUCCUCCAGGACGCCAUCCGCCGCGACAUCGGCCUGGCCGCGGCACUCCUCAGGGUCCACUUCCACGACUGCUUCGUGCAGGGGUGCGACGGGUCCGUGCUCCUGGACAAGACCCGCGCCGGCCAGAGCAGCGAGAAGGACGCCCCGCCCAACGUCACGCUCCGGCCCACGGCCUUCAACGCCAUCAACGCCGUCCGGGCCCUCCUGGAGCGGGCCUGCGGCGGGCCCGUGGUGUCCUGCGCCGACAUCGCGGCGCUCGCGGCCCGCGACUCCGUGCGCCUGGCCGGCGGGCCGUGGUACGCCGUCCCCUUGGGCCGCCGCGACGGGCUCGAGCCGGCGCCGCUCCAGGCCAUCUUCGACGCGCUCCCGCCGCCGACGUCCAACGUCACCACGCUCCUCCGGUUCCUGGCCAAGAUCGGCCUCGACGCCGACGACCUCGUUUCCCUCUCCGGCGCGCACACGCUGGGCAUCGCGCACUGCACGUCGUUCCAGGAGCGGCUGUUCCCCGAGGACGACCCCACCAUGAACAAGUGGUUCGCGGGGCAGCUCAAGCUCACCUGCCCCAGGCUCAACACCGACAACACCACGGCGAAUGACAUCCGUACGCCCGACGCCUUCGACAACAAGUACUACGUCGACCUGAUGAACCGGCAGGGGCUCUUCACCUCCGACCAGGACCUGCACACGGACGCCAGGACCAAGCCCAUCGUCACCAGGUUCGCGGUCGACCAGUCGGCGUUUUUCCAGCAGUUUGUAAAGUCCAUGGUGAAGAUGGGCCAGAUCCAGGUGCUCACCGGCGCCAAGGGCCAGAUCCGCAGGGACUGCGCCGUGCCCAACGCUGCCCGCGCCGAUGACGACCUCCCCUGGUCCGUCGUCCAGACCGUCGUCGAGGCUGCUGAGAGCACGGUGCUGUGAUUGGCUAGCUAGUAGACUUAAUUUGGUGUCUCUGCGCGCAGGCUUGUUUUCUUCGUUAACAAUCGCGCUAGUGAUGGUUUGGAGGUCCGAGAGUGCGCGCCUACCUGUUUGAUUCCGAGUGUCAGUACGUGACGAGUCGACGACCUACUGUAUCAGUUCUUCCACAGAAUAAUAUAUGGCGUGAGGGAUUUUGUCCAAUUGUACUCAA